AAUGGUAGCCUGCGACAAAUUCAAAUGGAAAUGUGGGUCGAAAAAUAACAACUGUGACAACAGCGAAGAGCUUACUUGGUAACAUUGUCUUUACUUCUUGCAAUUUUCAGAAAAAGAAGAUGUCCGCCACCCGCAAGCAGCAUCUUAAGAGCUUGAUGCUGCAGAUCGCCAAACAGCACAUUGAGAAGGAAGAAGCUGACCGAGCCACAGAGAAGGAGCGCUAUCUCCAGGAGCACUGUCCACCAUUGUCCAUGGGGGGCUCCAUGCAGGAGCUGCAGGAAUUGUGCAAACAGCUGCAAGGCAAGAUCGACGUCAUCGACGAGGAAAGAUACGACUUGGAGGCGAAGGCUGGCAAGUGCCAGAAGGAGAUUGAAGACCUCAACCAGAAAGUGUUUGACCUGAAGGGCAAAUUCAAGAGGCCACCCCUGCGCAGAGUGCGCAUGUCCGCUGAUGCCAUGUUGCGUGCCCUGCUGGGCUCCAAGCACAAAGUGUGUAUGGAUCUGAGGGCCAACCUGAAGCAAGUAAAGAAAGAAGAGAAAGAGCAAGAUCUGCGGGACGUCGGUGACUGGCGUAAGAACAUUGAAGAGAAGGCCGGCAUGGAAGGCAGGAAGAAGAUGUUCGAGUCUGAGGCUUAAGCGCCCCCGGGGUGGUCAGCCAGCCUUGUACUUCAAUACACUUUGUGAUGGCCCAGUCCACGUCGUAA